UGAAUAGGGGAAUGAAAUAUUGAAAUAAAAUUAUAUUAUAUUAUGCGCACACAAUAUAGCAGUAAAGCACUGGUAGAUGAAGACUACAAGUUCUGGACCGGCGAACUUUGGACGACUGAAACUAGCAAUUGAAAUGAUGGCAAUAAUUGUAUCAAAAUUUAUUUAUUAGAUGAGAACAAUACCUCACAUUUUCAAUUAAUGCUAACCGUGUGAAUGACAUCUAACCACUUAUGUCAUCAAAAAUGGAUAUUAAUAUUAGAUUAUUCAAAAAGUUAUAUAACAUCAAAAUAAUCAAUCGGACAAUUUGUAUUAUCGAUUUUAUACCGUUUAUCGGUCCCAUUAAAAAUGCCAGCGAAUCACUGUUGGCCAACUCAAGUGAUAACUCCAAACUGGCCAGAGAUAAAGGUAUCACCGCAUUGGUCACCGCAGCUAUUGACCUGUUGGGUCUCUGUCUGGCCAUCGCUUCAAUUGCUUAUACAUGUGAAAAGUUCAAUCAAAUCAAUACAUUUGCUGUAUUAAAACAUUUGGUAAAUGUGGCCAUUUUGUUGACUGUCGUCGCUCUGGUCAGUGGUUCCAAAGUGGUAUUCAAUCAAUUGAUCAAAUUGUCUAUCAAUAACUUGGUUGGUGUGAACAACGCGAGUGCAGCUAUGGUUAACUCAGUGACCAUAACGGCGACUGGCAUUGAGACCAUUGUCGAGAGUGUUAGUAAUACCACUUAUGGUAUGGUGUUUAGUGUCAUAAGUAGUUACAGAUCCGCACAAUAUAUUGUGUGGACACCCGUCAGAGUAAUCAAAAUAUUGACAAAAAUUGCGGUCAAAGUUUGCCAAUACAUUGACCACACGUUUGACGGUUUAGUUGUCCGCAAUUUCUUUUUUAUUUAUGGAUAUUUGACAACUUUAUUGGAAAUCAUUAUCACUAUUACUUUGGUCUCAAUCACAUUAUGUGUCAAUGGAUUUGCAAAAAUUAUUAGUUAUUGUAGCAAAUAAUAUCAAUAUAAGAU